AUGGUACUUGGGGUCUGUGCUCCCCUCAUAUGGGGUCAGAUUUGGCUCCUUGAAGUUGGCUGGGAGUCGGAUGACUUGGACCUCUUUAGUGAAUGGCGAUUCAUGAUCGAACUCAUCCUCGAUGGUUUGUCCUCCGGGUACGAUGACAAUCUUGCUCUGCAGGCUCCUAGUCUCUUUGACAUAGAUGUUAUGCAUCAGGGAAUUCCUGAACAGGCAGAUGUUCCACCAGUCGCCCAAGUUCCUGCUCAGGCAGCAACAAACUCCCCAGCAAUCAUUCCUCCAGGCCUACCAAAUGUGGGUGUAAAUGCUGGUGCUGGCAAUUUGGAUUUUCUUCAAAACAGUCAACAGUUCCAAGCAUUGCGAGCUAUGGUGCAAGCAAACCCUCAAAUUCAGCAGAAUAGGCUUCUCAUAAAGAAACAAAAUGCCUGUUGA